UUUACAAAAAAUUUCUUAGAUGCUGCAUAAUCUUAAUUUUUUAAAUAAUGUCAAUUUUGCAUGACGUUGUAUAAGUACUACUAACAUUUGAUACCUUUUUAAAAAAAGUAUUCAAAAAGAAAAAGAUAAUAUAUAUUUUGCGUGUUUGCAACACUUCAUCCAUAGCCGCUUCUUUGACAACCAACAACGUCAAGCUUCAAUGUUUUAGAGAAAUAUCUACAUUUAAUAAUUUUUUCUUUUACGUUUUAACACAAAAUGGAGGAUAUAAAAACAAAUUUCGAAAAAUUAAUGGAAAAAUUCAAUGAUAGCAUUACGUACAAUAGUGCACCAAAAAAACUAAAUUUUUCAUUACCUGAUUCGCCGUUAGAGACAAGUACUUCACGAAAGCGGAAAUUAUCUGGUGGAGAUACACAAUCAGCGAGGAAUAGUUCAAAUGAUGGCUUAAAUUCAUUUAAUUCGUCAGUGGGUACACCCGCAAGUCCUUGGGAGACUAGACGCCUUAGAGCGGAUCUAAUUGAAUCGAGGGCAAGAGUGUCAAAAUUAAAGCAAGAAAUUGAUAAACAACACAAAGUUCGCGCCGAACUCGAAGCAAUGUAUCAAAUACAGGUUAAAGACUUGCAAAAACAAAUAGAUUUUUCCGCAAAUAAAAUACAGGAUGCAGAAACGCAUCUACAGACGGUACGGAAACGUGAACAAGCGGCUAAACAAGAAUUGUUAAGAAUGCAACGUGAACUAAAUCAUCUUAAGCAUAAUUCGGAAGAUACAAUACAGAAGCUCCAAAAAGCAAAAUAUGAAAUCGAAACAGAAGCACGUCAAGUGCAAAAUUGUAUGACCAGCGAAUUGGAAGAAUACCGACUUCAUACAGACAAGCUCUCAAUGGAAUUGCAAUUACUUACUGAUGAAAUGUCUGUUAUGAGCAAACAGAUUGAAACGUAUAAAGAAAAAUCAGGUUUAUAUGAUAGUUUAAAAUUGCAAAAUGAGAAAGACUUGAAUGAACUUGAUUUCGCUAAUUCAAAAAUAAAAGAUUUGGAAAGUCAAAUUGCUUCAUAUGGGGAUUGGAAAGAAAUAACAAAGAAUAAUCAUGCGCGUCUAUUAAGCAUUUCUGAGAUGGAAAAAGAAGUCGAAUUUUUGCGUGGCAAAAACAAAAGUUUGCAUGAGCUGAUAGGUAAUAAACUAUUGCUGGAAGAACAAGUCUAUGAUUUGAAAACGCGACUUGAGAAGGAAGAAGGAGGCAAAGCUGAGGCUGCCGCACUGCAAGUUAAAUUGAAACACGCAAAAGAUGAACUUGCAGAAUGGAUAAAGAUAGCUCAAGAUCACUGUCCGACUAAUGUUAAACCUAAUCCUUUCGCAUUACGUGCUAAAAUUGAGACACUAUUGCAAAAUGAUAUAAUAAUGGUGUCAGAGAAAAACGCUAAAGUAUCGGAAACUAAAUCUAUAGAAUCCGAUUUGUUUGAAUAUAAAGAAAAAUGCGAUAUAUAUGCUAAAAAUAUUGACGCACUAAAUGAAGCUCUAAAGAGACAUAAGAAUUUUAAAGAACGGAUACAAAGGAAGUUGCUCUUAGUUUCAAAGGAACGUGAUUGUUAUAAACAAUUAUUGGAAAAUUUCGAUAAAGAUUUAACAAUGUCCAAUACUUGCGUUGAAGUUACAAAUCUGGAAACUCAACUACGCAAACGUGUUGAAAUGCUAGAAAAAACUCUAGCAGGAUACAAGGAGGAAUUUUCCAAGUUGGAAACUGAGUUGUCAAAUGCUAAAAAGUUACCGCAAUCAGAACAACAGCUUGAAAGUGGUGAUGCGGGCUAUGAAUAUAUGAAAAAAGAACUUGAUAACUUACGCCUCGAUAAUGAAAAACUUCGUAGACGAAAAGAAGAAUUGGAACUAGAAUUAGAGCAUCGCUGUUUAAAGGGUGACUUUAACGUUGAUAGAUAUAAAGUCUUGCAUUUGGAAAACAAUCCUGCUUCGGAAGCUUAUAAAUAUGCAGAUAACUUAAUUGAAAAACUACAAGCAGAGAUUGAACGUCUUAAACGUCGUAAUAAAAAACUGGAAGACGAUAGUGAAGGUACACAAUCCCGUUUGAAUGAAACAAAUUCAAUGACUAUGAAUAUUAAGGAAUUGAAUCAAUUACGUGCAGAACUAGAAUCUAACAAUCAUAAAAUGAAAAAAUUGAAGGAACAAUAUAAAGCUGUAAAUUCAGAAUUUCGUGAAGUUGUUUAUAUGAUGUUUGGCUAUAGAGUGGAUCGUAUUGGAAAUAAUGGAUGCUAUACAGUUUCCAGCAUGUAUGCAGAGAGUCCUAAUGACUACUUAAAUUUUAUAUUUGAUGACACAAGUAAUUUAAAAUUAUUGGAAACUCCUUAUUCUAUCACUUUAAAAGAUUCUAUUGAAACACUUUUAAUUGGCAAUAAAUCACUUCCACUGUUUCUUAGCUCUUUAACAUUAGAGUUAUAUGACAGAACAACAGUGACUAUUACAUAAAUCUGAAAUAAUUUACUUUGAAUAUUUUAUAAAUAAUUAUUUUAAUAAAUAGAUUAUCGGAUUGAAAUCUAUCAUAUAUCGAUUUAAGUUAAUGAUAAUAAAUUAUAUUUAAUAAAAACAAAAAAAAUAUCUAUCAAUUGAUUUAUAUUGAAGAU